CUGUCAGAAGGAUCCAGAAAGAACAGUUUUGUUGUGAAAAGCAAAGAUCCUUUACCUACGCAUUUUACAAGAAAUGUGCAGAAAGCCAUUGAUAAAUAUACCUGUGAAUCUCCUCCGUCAUCAUUUUCAUCCAGCGGAAGCCACACGCCCAGGGAGGCCCACAACUCUUGGUCUGGUUCUACUACACAGAGUUCUACCACUGGUUUGUCUACAGAGAGGAGCUCAAUAUAUUCUUGGAGAGAUGAUGAAUUUGACAAAGCCAGUGCACAGAAGGUGCAGCAGUUGUUCUGGGAGGUGGACGAAAUGUUAUUUGAAGGGAAAGUAAGCCCUCAGACCCAGAAUCUGCAGGCUGAAUGCAGUGAGUGGGCAGGAAGAUCCCUCCACCUGAGAGUUCUAGGAAGACAGCUCAUCCUGCCAGCCGAUGAAGGGUUUCAGCAUUUCCAGGGUAGUGUGCCUAGUUCUGCUGUACACAAACCCUUACCUGACACCUGUGAAUGCAGCAGCCACAUCAGAGAGUUGUGCAUCUCUGGCUCUCAUAUAGUCCCGGCAGCACUCUCAGCCUCUGCCCCGCCAGGCCCUGAUGGCACAGACCUUGCUGACCUAAUGGCAUGUCCAUCCUUGGAAGAAGAGGUUUAUGAAAUGGAUGGAAAGAUUGAAGAGUAUUUCGCUUUUGACAGAAAAGAGGACGAUGACGAGUGUCUUGAAGGAAAACCAGCUCACCGUGGUAGGAAGUGGCAGAAGCACGGACUUCCUCCCAUCUCCCCUCAUGACUGCAUCAAAGAUGCUGUGGCAGCCGAAGUAUUCGAUAACGUCUGGACAAACGUGGUAGAAAUGUUGGAAGAACUGAUUAGAAAACACUGGGAAACUACACCCACAGAAGGAAAAAAGCAGAAGGAAAAACAGGAAGUGGCUGAAAAUAGAUCUCCACGUACACUCAUUUCCCGUGUUCACACUGAUGUAUCAAGUGUUCCCCUGUCCAGAAGUUCUGAGAUUCGCAGCAUUUCCCUGGCUUCUCAUCUUAAUCCACUCCAGAUUCAUCGCUUCUCCAACAAUUUUUGUAGUAAUUUGAAUGGUGUAAUGACAAUUCAAGCAAAACCACUUCAGCAGAGACCUACAUAUUUUGCAGAUAAAUCACAGAAUGAACGAGAAGACAAAUCAUUGGGUGUAGGGUCCGGUGCUGUUUCCUCUGCACAGCACCGACUGGGACGAAUCUCAGAUAAUCACGGAUUACAGACUCCUGCAAAGAAAACACCAGUAUAUAGGAGGCUGCCUUCUCUUACUUCAGAUUCACAGAGAAUAAAGACCCCCAAUGUGUAUAGUGAUGAAGUUCUUAGGGGAACAAAACUGCAAACUGGAAUAGACCACAUGUCUCCUCCACCAGUUCAAACCUCACGGAGCAGGCUACCCCCAAUAGGCUCAGAGACCAGGGAGCAAAACUCUGCAGUUCCUGGAUCCCGCCCUGUUUCUUACAGAGGAAGACAUCCACAAAACCGCGUGUUAAGUGCAGUGCCUGACAGUAUAGAAAGGUCGCCUCUUCAAGAAAGAACUGUUACCCUGGAACAGUUGUCAAGGCCCAGCACAACCCAUACAUUCCAGUCGGAUACGCCUCGAAAAGGCUCAUUGGUGCCAAUGGAAUUUACUGGUCAUACGUGGACAGGUCAAAGUAUUUUGACAGGUUCACAAUAUCUGCCGAAAUCUUUUCAGAGGACAACUUCGACUUCAAGAAAGAGAUUCCAAGUGGCGUCUUGAUAUUACUUCACCGAACUACGGCACUUACUGCAGCAUUCAAAGCCUCAGCACACCGUUUAUCACUUGAAAAAUGGAAGAACAAGUAUUAUACUAUUUAUCUGACAGUCUGAGAAGUUAGACUGCCUGAGAGAAAUGCAAACGAAUAACUUAAUUUUGAACACUUUUCAUUGCAAAGAGAAUAAACAUCAAACUCACCGGA